AUGGCCACUGCUGUUCUACCAAAUGAUGAUUUUUACACAAACACCGAUGAUAAGUCUCUGGAAAUAUUCUCUCUUAUUUGGCUCAAUGCAAAUGUAGACGUUAAAGAUGCUCGAGAUACAGAAGUAAAAUUACGUUCUAUUAUUAAUCAUAUAAAGAAAUUUCAAGAUAUAAAACAAUGUCAACAAUAUAUUGAACAGAGAUCAGAAAACGGUCGAUUAGUAAUCAUUGUUAGUGGUCGAUUAGGACGAGAAAUAGUACCCUACAUUCAUCAACUUCGACAAGUUAUAUCAAUUUAUGUUUAUUGUAUGGAUAAGAAGAGUAAUGAACAAUGGGCUUACAAUUUUUCAAAAAUAAAAUCUGUUGUUGUUGAUCUUGAUGAACUUAUCUCUCAAAUUACAACAGAUCAUAAAAUUCAGAAAAAGGUAGAAGAACCCUUAUCAAUCAAUAUUUUCACAACAAAUGUUGAUCCAGGUAAAUCAACAACAGGAGUUAAUGGGCAAUUUGUUUUUUCUCAAAUUCUUAUUGAUUGUCUUUUACGAUUAAAAUCAACUGAAAUAGACAAAAAUGAACUUAUUAAUCUUUGUGAAAAUGAAUAUAAAGGAAAUUGUAUCGAACUAAACAAUCUUCAUACAUUUCAACAAGAUUAUUCACUUGAUAAAGUAUUAUGGUGGUAUACAAGAGAAUCAUUCUUUUAUAAAACUCUUAAUGCAGCUUUACGAACACAAAAUAUUCAUAUGAUAUUUUUAUUUCGAUCAUUUAUUUAUGAUAUUUAUCGACAACUACAAAAAUAUCAAUCUAAGAAGUUUGUAGGCGUUUAUCGAUGUCAGCUAAUGUCGAUCGAUGAGUUAGAUGGUCUUAAAAAUAAUAUUGGCCAGUACAUUUCUAUAAAUUCAAUGUUUUCUACUAGUAAACAACGUACAACAGCUCUUUUCUAUUUGGGGGAUAUAACUACAAAGAUUGAUUCAGAACGAGUAUUAUUUGAAAUCGAUGCUGAUCCCAAGAUAGUCACUACAAAACCUUUCGCUGAUAUUAGUAAACAUAGUGAUUUUCCAAAUGAAUCAGAAGUUCUAUUUAUGAUUGGUUCCAUUUUUCGUCUUAAUAAUAUUAAACGUAAUGGUGACCAAAUAUGGAUCAUUAAAAUGACUUUAUGUAAUGAUAAUGAACAUGAUUUAAAACAAGUUCUUAUGUAUAUGAAACAACAAAUUGAAAAUGAAGAAAUAAAUCUUCGAACAUUAGGAAAUGUAUUAUGGGAAAUGGGUAAAUUUGAUUUAGCUGAAAAAUAUUUUAUUCGUUUGUUGAAACAGCUUCCAUCGGAUGAUCCAUUACAUAUCAGUUUAUAUGAAGAUCUUGGUAAACUCGCAUCACAGAGAGGUGCUUAUGAUAUGAGUAUGAAAUGGCGUCAAAAACUACUUACAUUCAAAGAGGAAAAUCUAUUAGCUACCAAUGCUAGUGUUAAUAAAACAAACAAUUCCAUCGGACAAUCAAUUAUUUUUAAUCAUAUUAAUAUCAACACCAAAUGGAAACAACAUGGAGUUACUAUUGCUGGAGGAAACGGAGAUGGCAGUCAAUUAAAUCAACUCUCCGUUCCUCAAAGUAUCUAUGUUGAUGAUGAUCAUCAAACUAUUUAUAUUGCUGAUUGGAUGAAUGAUCGUAUUGUUGAAUGGAGAUAUGGAAAAAAGAAUGGUCAAGUAGUUGCAGGUGGAAAUGGGCAAGGAAAGCGAAGCGAUCAAUUGAACCGACCAAAAGAUGUGAUUGUUGAUAAAAAGAAUGAUUCUCUCAUUAUUUGUGAUCGAUGGAACAGACGAGUGGUACGAUGGUCCCGUCAAAAUCAUGAGAUUGGAGAAACAAUUAUUUCUGACAUUUAUGGCUUUGGUCUAACAAUGGAUAAAAAUGGAGAUCUUUAUGUUUCUGACCACUGGAAAAAUGAAGUGAGACGAUGGAAACAAGGAGAGACAGAAGGAACAAUAGUAGCAGGUGGAAAUGGACGAGGAAAUCACCACAAUCAACUACAGUUUCCUACUUAUAUCUUCGUCGAUCAAGAUCAUUCAAUUUAUGUAUCAGAUCGUGAUAAUCAUCGUGUAAUGAAAUGGAUAAAAGGUGCAAAAGAAGGUAUUGUUGUUGCUGGUGGAAAAGGUAAAGGGGAUAGUUUGACACAAUUGUAUUAUCCUCGAGGAGUGAUUGUUGAUCAUUUGGGUAAUGUUUAUGUGACUGAUUCUUGCAAUCAUCGAAUAAUGCGUUGGUGUGAAGGAUCUUGCGAAGGUAGUAUUGUUGUUGGUGUAAAUGGAAAAGGAGAACAACCAAAUCAGUUCAUUUUCCCCAAAGGUUUAUCAUUCGAUGUUCACGGUAAUCUUUAUGUUGUGGAUGAAGGAAAUCAUCGUAUACAAAAAUUUGAAAUUGAUUUGAAUUAA